AUGGCAUUAAUAACCUUCUUUCUGCUUCUAAAAGAAGUUUUCUGUUUGACUUAUUCAAUGUAUCCAGCCACCAAUCCUCCUCCUGCUCGAAGAAAAGGCUGCACUAUGCAAGCAAUCCCAGACAAAAAUAUGACUGUGUUCUUUGGAGGAUAUGAUACCCAUGAAAAUAUUUACGGGGAUUUAUGAUCUUAUAAAUUUGAUGUAGAUCAAUGGGAGCAGAUAUUUUCCUCAGAUGGAAAUGAUCCAGGUAUUAUUUAUUUAGUUCCAAGGUAUAAUGCGGCGUCAUUUUAUAUUGAAGCAUCGACUCAAUUUUGUAUUUGGGGUGGAAAUACUAAUAGAGGGCAACUAAAUGACUUAUGAUGCUUUAGUCUUAAAUUUUUAUCAUGGACUAAGAAGGCUCAAGAAGGGACUGAUCUUCCAAGCCCGAAAUAUAACAUGGGCUAUACAUCUUGGAAAGAUUCGGGUUUUAGUCUCGCGGCUUCUAAUAAUGUGAAGUUUGCUAUUUUUGGUGGAGUUGAGACUAGUGACUACAGUAAUGAUCUUUUUAUGUAAUUUAUAAGUAGUUUGGAUACAAAUACCUGAACUUGGACUUUAAGUAGUUAUGAGGGAGAAACUAAGCCAGAAAGCCAAGAUUUUCCUGUUAUAUUUUAUUACAAUAAUUCUAUAUAUCUGAUAUAUGGACUAACUUGGGAUAAUGAGGAUUAUGAUUAUUAUCAAGUCAAAUUUUAUAAAUACAAUUUAACCUCUUCGGAAUGGGAAGACAUAACCAACAAAAAUGAUCCCUAUACGUUCAGGCAAUAUGCGCAGGGUGUGGUAGUUGGUGAUACGUUUUAUUAUUUCUUUGGAGUAUCCUCAGACUGGUCAGACUAUCCAAAUAUAUGUGAAAAAGUGGAUUUAACGGAUCCAACCUACCCUUGAUCUGAAGUUAAAAUAAGAGGUGAUAAUGAUGAGUAUUUGGGAAGAGAAACUUUUGGAAUAGCAACAAUAAAUGAAGCAAUUCAUAUUUUCGGAGGCACACAAUGAUCAAUACAAGUUAAUAGCUUUGUAUCAAUUAAGUAUGAAACUGACCCUAUGACCUAUAAUUACGAUGAAAAUUACAUCAGUCCAGGAGCAAGAAUUGAUCAUUCAUUGAACUAUGUUGGAGGGUAUUUACUUUUAUUUGGAGGAGAAUUCAAUGGAGAUUAUAGCAUGGACUUAUGGCAGCUCGAUAUAACAACCUUUAUAUGAAAGUAUUUGAAUCCUGGUGGUGAUAUUCCUCCAGCACGUUCAAAUCAUGGGUCGGCUUCAAGAGGAGACGUUCUGAUCAUAUGGGGGGGAGAAGGAUCUGAAGGAUAUCUAAAUGAUGCGUAUAUAUAUAAUAUACUAACAAAUACAUGACAGCUCUUGGAUAAUAGCGGUAGUGCAGCUCCAAGUCCGAGAAUAGGAGCCUGUGUUGGUAUCGAUUUUUCCAGAAUACUCAUUUAUGGAGGUCUUGAUCGUGAUGGUGUCAAGGAUGAGCUCUGGCUAUUCGAUUUAGGAACUCAUAUAUAUUCCUUACUUGACUCAAAUAUUGAUGAUGGUCCAGAGCCACUCUAUAAAGCUUCAUGUGACUAUGAAUCAGAUGGAGAAGGGAAAUUUUAUGUGAUGCUUGGGAUUGAUAAAUACGAAUAUCCUUUGAAUGGCAUGUUUUAUUAUGAUCUCGCAAAGGAUAAGUGGAUAACAAUAUACAAUAAUAAUACGAAUGUUCAGUGGAGCAGAGGAAAUGCACAAGCAUUUAAAGUGAAAGAUCGAUAUCUAAUCUUUGGUGGUGAAGACAUAUGGCAACCUUCUUUAGAUGUCUUCUAUUACAAUGCAACAAGCAAACAAUUCACAAAAUUAACUGACCUGUUUACAUAUGUAUGGUCUGCUGCAGCUGAGUAUAUUGGAAGCACUGUCAUUAUUUAUGGAGGAGCAGCUGAUACUGGAAUGACAGUGAGAAGGUCGAUUCCAUCUACUAAUCAAUUUGGAAUGGAUUUAUUAUCAGACUGCUCAUCCUCAGCUGAAUGCUACUGGCAAUGUAGCCCUGGCACCUAUAAAAGCGGAAAAACGUGCUAUUUAUGUCCGCCAGGAACUUAUCAACCAAUAUAUGGGGGGACGUGCCAAUCAUGCAAGCGUGGCACCUAUUAUCAAUAUUAUGGGGCAACUUCUGCAAGCCAAUGCUACCCUUGCUCAGAAGGGACUUUUAAUAAUAAAACAGGAGCAAGCUACUGCUUGGUAUGCCCAUAUGGCUCGAGCUGCCCAGCCGGCAGCACAGCCCCUUCUUGGUUCGAUACAGAUAAAUAUGAUAGCUCAAUUCAGCCGGAUUUAUUAGACAGUGGUGAAUCAGAAGCCUCUUCUAAUGCUGCAAUAGUGUAUUCUACAGUUGGGUCAGUUGGGGCUUUGAUUUUGAUCAUAGUACUUAUUUUCUAUGAAAGAAUGACCUUCUUAGUAAAAAUUGAUGCGUACACUGACAAGCAUGAGAAAAAAUUAAACAUGCCUGUAAUCCUUAAAAAAACUAAGGUGGGUGGCUAUUUCACAAUACUUUUCUUUGUGCUGUGCAUUAUGAUUGUAGUUAAUACAAUCAUAAAUUAUGUAGUAAAUAAUGAAAUGGAAGUAAAAGCCCUAGUGCCUCUUAUCGUAAUGGACGAGACAGUUUCAAAGUAUACUGCAGACAUGGUAGUUAAUGUAGAGGUAAAAAACUAUGGUGGCAUGUGCAUUGAUCAAAAUGGAGACUGUGAUAAUUCGAUAUCAUAUGCUAUAAUAAAUAUGCAUGGAACAAGUAUUGAUAUGUCAUGCAGUGCAAACACAACCAACAACGAUUGCAUUCUGUAUAUAAGAUGCCACGAUUGCCAAGUUGAAAAUGGUGCAUAUAUUUUCUAUUCAUUUUUAUCUAGUGAAAGUUAUUCAACGGGCUUUACAGUCAACGUGACCUCAUUUUCUUCAAUUCCUGAUAAAAGCAGCAGCUAUCAAGCUUCAGUUUACUCUUCAGAUGAGAAAGUAUUUAGAGGGGCUACUGCAUCAAUUUAUAAUUUCGAUACGGUUCCAUCGGUAUUUGAUAUUUAGUACUUCAAAGAUUCCAAUGGCGAUAAUAAUACUGGCUAUCAUCUUGCACUAUAUGAAUCCCCAACUCCAGGAAGUCAGUUCAAAACAAAUGAGUAAUCUUUAUUCAGGCUUGCAGUUUCUUAUGAUUUAUAUCUAAGGCUGAAUUUCAAUAAAAAUUCAAACUGUCUUUAUACCAAAAGAAGCUUGAAGCAAACAUGGCUGCAAUUAAUCAGUGCCUUGCUGGGAUCAAUAUUUGGGCUUUUAGGAGCAAUUGGAGGAGCUAUGGCAUUUGUUGAGGGAAAUAUAGACGCUCAAGCCAGCAAAGCAGAUUCUCAAAUGAAAGCUGAUAAGAUUGCAGAUGAAGAAGAAAGACUUGAAAUGAUGAUUCGCGGGUUUACGGAGGACGGUGAAAAGAAAGGAUAUUUCAACGAUUAUAUUUCGAGCGAUAACUCCCAUAGGAACAUGCCCGAUUAA